AUGGCGAGGAACUUCGGUCUCGGCCUCAGCCAACUGUUCACUUUGGAGAAGGAAGUUGAUGGGUUUAUUGCACAAUGGGGCAGUUCGCACCGUAAUAUUGACAACGUGUGGUGGUCGGCCAACGCCAGCUUCGCCGCGGAGCCUAGCCUGGAGACGCAAGAGACUUGGGAAAGCAUCAUGCCGCAAGGUCGAGGCUUCAUCCAACACCCUAAGUUAGCAAAAAACGGCGAGGUAAAAGCUAUUGCCGUGUUUCAUGAGAUACACUGUCUGCACGGUCUUCGAACAGCCUUCUACAAGAAUGCAUACCAGCUCGCCAAACUCCAACAUCAGCAACCUCAAGCAAGAUCGCUUCCUAACACCGGCUCUCCCCAUAGCGAGCCCGAAUCAUCCUCCGAAAAUCACGUCGGAAACGGCCAUGACCAUACAUCCCCUACAGUGUUCAAGCUGAACCCGUUCAUAGAGGCUCUUCUGUCGGCCAAAGAUGAGGACGACGAUCCCGGCCACAUCACUCACUGCUUUGAGUACCUGCGUCAAGCACUCAUGUGUGCUGCUGAUACCAACCUAGAAGUGACCCAUCAGAUGGUUGGUGAAGAUGGAGAGGAGUUUAUCGGGACCGAAGGUUGGGAUACAGCGAGGGUGUGUAGGGACUACGAAGCGGUCAAGGAGUGGGCGGAAGCGUGGAGGGCGGGAGAUGCUGGUGGAAUCAUCUGA